AACUAUGUACAAUUUAAUAUUUAUCGGCAUUAAUUUACUGCGGUGUUCUAAACUCUGUAGAAUUAAUCCAUAGAAUUUAAAUCAAACUCAAACAUUCAUUCGAAAUAUUUUUCAACUCUUUUGGUAAAAAUGGCAAAUGAAAAAGCAAAACCUGAGAGCUUCGUAUCAACAAAGCAGUUUCCUGAAAAUUUUCUUCUGGGGACAUCAACUGGAGCUUACCAAGUGGAAGGAGCUUGGAAUGAAGAUAAAGAAGAAUCAAUAUGGGACCAUUAUUUCCAUUCCAAUGAAGCAAAUAGGUCUUUCAGAUACUUUUUAGACUUACCAGAGUCGGUAAUUGAAAAACACAUACAGAAGGGUGUGAAACCUAGAUUAGCUGAUUUAUACAAAGGGAUGGGAGUAUACGAAUUUCCAUCAUCCGCAAUUGAGGAUGGUACACAUUUUAAUUUCAACGGAGACAUUGCUGCGGAUUCGUACCAUAAAACAGAUAUAGAUGUCAAACUUCUCAAGGAAUUGGGUGUUCAAGUUUAUCGAUUUUCUAUUGCUCCAACUAGAAUUAUUCCAAGAGUUCAUGACAAUACACCAGGAAAUAAAGGAAUAGCUUAUUAUAAUAAUCUCAUUGACAAAUUAAUCGAAAAUGGUAUCACACCAAUGGUAACGUUGUACCACUAUGACAUGGGCGAAGUUUUCAAUAAAAUUGGAGGAUUAACAAAUCCAGUUUCUUAUAAAUUUUAUCCCAAUUUCACGAGAAUCUGUUUUGAGAAUUUUGGAGAUAGAGUAAAACAUUGGACAACGACUGCAGAAAUACAUUUAGCGGCCGAAGGAUAUUCUUCUGAGCAUUUUGCUCCUGGUUAUCAAGAAUCAAUAUUUAGUGGAUUCUUAGAUUAUGAAGCAAUACAUAACUGUAUUAUUACGCAAUCUCUGAUGUAUAAAUUAUAUAAUGACGAAUUCAGAGAAAAACAAAAAGGAGAAGUAAGUUUAACUAUUGAUGGAGUAUGGUACUACCCAAAAGACCCAAAUAAUCCUGAACAUCAAAAAUGUGCUGAAAGCGCACGAAUGUCAACAUUUGGUUUAAUAGCACAUAUAUUAUCCACGGGACAAUACCCAGAUGAGUUUUUAGAGGCUAUUGAUAGGACUAACAAACGAGAAAAAAUACGGGUCGACCGAGUCAGACAAUUUACACAAAAAGAACAAGAAUUAAUUAAAGGGGCAUAUGAUUUUAUAGUGUUAAACUAUUAUAGUAGUGUAAAAGUACGACCAAUGACCGAUGAAGAAUAUGAAGCCGAACCUAAUCUCAAAAAAAGAGACCGAGGUUUUAUCAUGGACUUACACAGUACUACUGAAACUGAGGUUUAUGAAGGGUUUUUAAACAUCUUAAGAUGGUUUAAAGAAAAAAUGGAUAAUCCAAAAAUAUUUAUCGGAGAAAACGGAUUUCCCGAGGAAGAAGGCAUUGACGACAGUGAAAAAAAAAUAGCCUAUCACACUGGCAUUUUAAAUAAAUUACUUGAAGCGUUGGAUGAAAACAUAAAUGUGUUUGGAUAUUGUAUUUGGUCGUUUAUAGAUACACUCGAAUUCACUUUCGGUUAUUGGAAGAGAUUUGGAAUUUAUGCGGUAGACUUUAAUGACGAUUCAAGACCACGUUCAAAGAAAAAUAGCUUCCCAUUUUUCCAACAAUUGUUCCAAACGAAGAAAUUGCAAAUAAAAAAUUAAUAUUAAAUAAAAAAAAUAUAUUAAAGUAAUAAACUUACAUUUUUUUUCCAAUAGUUCAAAACUACAACAUAAUAUUAUAUGAUAACUUUGUGAAGGUAGAAUAAUAUAAAUUUUAAAUGUAUUUUUAGAAAUUGUGGUGAUUAUUAGUGGGUUUUUGAUUUAAAUAAAUUGUCAAUUAUUAUAUAUUUUUUAAAUUGUACAACAAUAAUACACAGAAUGUUAUCAAUGUAUCUACACAAAUAAAUAUAUUUUACAAGUCAAACAAUUUUAGAUUUUUUGCUAUUUAAAAUAUGUACAUAAUUGAAACUUGAAUCAGCGAUUUAAAUUUGCAUUAUCUUCUUAUGUAUAAACUAUCAAAAUAUUUUGCUGUUUUUUUAAGUUAUUCAUAGGCAUUUGGUAUGUUCGUUUUUUUUUUUUAAAUUGUUUUUUAUUACUUUAAAAUAUUAAUUUUUUCUUUUUUUUUUUAAGCAUUAUUUCUUAAUUGCGGAAUUUCUAUUAUAUUAUAAAAUAAAACAUUAUACAUUUAACUUUCUAUAAAAAUUAUUUUGUUUUGGAUCAUUGUUAUUUUAUAUAUUUAUAAAUAAUAUAUUUAUAUUAAAUCUUA